AUGAAUACGGGGAUGGCUACAACUACGACUACAGAUACAGAGAACGCAGCUGGGACGAGGACGACACAGCCGCAAGCUGGGACUGUGUGGUCUAUACCGGGUGGUAUUUCGGGGCCGUUGCCGUCGCCUGCGUUAUUGGGGACUCCGUCUCGUCCGCAUGUCACGACAACUACAGGGAACAGCAGUACCAGUACUAGCGCGCAUUCCACCAUAAGCAUAACCUCUUUUUCUUCUUCGACAACAUCUACACUCUCCUCGUCCGAGCAAACCGAAUCUACAUCCUCCAGCCCCGAUUCCAACCUCAAUACAUCCAAUUCCAGCAGCGGGAGUAACAAAGCCCUAAUAGGAGGCGUCGGCGGCAUUCUCGCUUUGGUGAUCAUAUUAGCAGUCAUUUUCGUAUUAUUUUGCCGACGAAAGAAGAAGAAGAGGAGGUUUACGCUGCUGGCGUGGCAUGGGCCGCAGCAUGGUCACGAUCGUGAGAACGGUGCUGUUAUAGCUGCUGCUGGAGUCGGGUCUGCAGGCCCUGCAAGCUCCAGCCCAGCCCAACCGACACCAAUAUCCAUCACCCUCCCAACAACAACCACAACCUCAACCUCAAGCCCCACCUUCAACGCCAACACCCCAAACUCAGCAACCCGCCUACUCCGCACACCAACCCUACCCUCCCCAGCACCAUCUUUCACAUUUUCCUCCUCCGAACAAAGACACCGCCAUCCCCUUUCCCCGAUUCCAUCGAUCCCAUCGAACUCAUCCCUCCACUCGACUCUAAGCUCGAAACAUGAUAUGGCGCUAGGUAUAGAACCAGACCUAGGCAUCCACCCAGCCCUACGAGGGACGAAUAGAGAAACACAAACAGAACGAACAAUAGAAACAGGUACAGCGACAAAACCAGAGACAACACCAGAACUAGGCGACACAGGCUUCUACCGCCAACGCGCUGAGCUAGCGACAUACUCGCAAAGCGAACUAAUCAACAUCCCGCCCGAACGACGCCAUCCCCAUUUUACCGCUAGCUCUCCCUCCCCAACCUCCCUGCCCAACUCAAAUUCCAACUCUCCUCCACAGACAACAAGAACCUCCCGCAGCCGCACAAAAAUAAUAACCCCCGACGGCGUCCUGUUAUCAGCGAAUUUCGAGCGUUUACCAGGGUGCGAAGACUACGCGACUAGUUUCGCGCAGCAUUUUGAUGGGCUGGGGAUUCAGUUGGUUGAGGAGGAGAUUUUGCCGGCUUAUGCGUGUGAUGCGAUUGAGGGGGAGGGGGUUAGGGCCGAUGGGGGGUAG